AAACACGCGGGGGUCCUACCCACACGCCGGUUAUAAAUAUGCACCGCAGACGCACUGCAUCCUUCUGAUGGCAUGUCAUCACUGCAUGCAUAGCCUCCUCUCUCUUCCAGCACGGCGUAUGCACACCUCAUCCUCCCCGCUGUCCAUUUCUCUGCACUGACAGGCACUUCACAUGCACCAUCCGCCUUCGUCGUGCACACAACAGCUCCUCGCCCCCCCAGUCUUGGGUUGUUGUUUUUUUUUUUUUUCGGAAAGAGGCCUGCAGACCACAUCCCAACCUUAUGACCAAAGCUUCUUCUUCUUCUUUAUUUAUUUAUUAUUAUUAUAUAUAUAUAUUUUUAUCUUUUUCCUUUUUGGAGGUAGAAGACCCUUCAUUGGGACGAAGAAGGUAAACUAAGAGGGAGAAAAAAAAAGGGACACCCCCCCCAACCAACCACCACCACCACCGUUGAGUUUGGACCAAGACCGACCCUGAAAAGGCAUCAUCUCUGCUCCUCAGGAUUCUUUCACGUAUUCUGUGCUACAUGCCGUCUUCCUGCUGUGAAAACCUCUGACUACCUCUCGAGAAGCCCUCCAUUCGCCCGCACCACCAGGACCUGGUUCUCUGUGGACUCUUCAGGUUUUCUCCUGGUGGAACCGAUCGCCUGUAAGCGUUUUUGUAUCCUCCUCACCUGGGGAGGGGGCAAAAGGAAGACCGUCAACAUGGCCUGCGCUUGGUUUCGCUGUUUUAGAUUCAUAGCCGCGCUCUCCCAUACCGCCACGACCGCCACUGGGUUUUCGUGAAGCAACCGGCCGAGUCAACGGAGGUCUCCUGGUUGGUUUGGGUGAUUUCUGGUCAACGGUAGCCCCCCUUCUUUUUCUUUUUUUUCCUGUGGGACUCUGUGCCUUAAUGACAUUACCUGCGCCUUGCAUCGCCAGGCUGGGGGGAUAGAUAUUGUUAGCUUGUCGUGCCCCCCCCCUUCCACCCCCAGAAGGACGUGAUUACCCCCCCUCCCCGGCGGAUGAGGCGGCAUCUCCCCCCUCUGUGCGCUGUCUCCGGGAGACGAAGGAGGAAUUGAGGAGGGAGAGAGCGGAAUUGUGCCGGAGAAGGAAUGGAUUCCUUGUGGCUUGUCUUGGGGGGGUAUUUUCGAAGAGUGUAACCCUCCCCUUCCUCUCUCCACAUCAAUUUUUUGCCUCUAGGCUCCCUUCAUCGCUCCGGUGUGUUAGGUACUAAGGAACCAGAGAGCAAACAGGACCAAGCUCUCCAACUGCUGCAUCCUCAUCUAUCUGUGGUGUCAGCGUGGCUGCGCCUCGAUCCGUCUCCAUGAGGAGUAGAAAAAGAUGCUGCAGCCUGAGCUGGGAGCUCCGCUCCUCCUACUGCUCCUGAGUCUCACCUCCCCCGGGGCCCCGCUGCUGUCAUCUCUACGUGUCGCCGCAAUCCUUGACGAUCAGACUGUUUGCGGGCGUGGUGAGAGGUUGGCACUUGCGCUCGCCCGAGAACAUAUCAACAGCCACACGCAAGGAGGGUCCAACGCCCGUGUUGAAGUGGAGAUCUUUGAAUUGCAGAGAGACAGUCAGUACGAGACUACAGAUACAAUGUGUCAGAUUCUACCGAAAGGUGUGGUCUCUGUCCUAGGACCCUCCGCCAGUCCAGCUUCUGCAUCCACAGUCAGCCAUAUAUGUGGAGAAAAAGAGAUCCCCCACAUAAAGGUGGGACCCGAAGAAGCCCCAAAGCUCCAGUACCUGCGCUUUGCAUCCGUCAGCCUGUAUCCGAGUAAUGAAGACAUCAGCUUGGCUGUUUCCCACAUUCUGAAGUCCUUUCACAACCCUUCCACCAGCCUUAUCUGUGCCAAGGCCGAAUGUUUACUUCGGCUAGAGGAACUGGUCCGCCAAUUCCUAAUAUCAAAAGACACCCUAUCUGUCCGCAUGUUGGAUGACACCAAUGAUCCAACACCCUUAUUAAAGGAAAUCCGCGAUGAUAAAGUAUCCACCAUCAUUAUUGACGCCAAUGCAACAGUGUCCCACCUCAUUCUUAAAAAGGCCUCUGAGCUUGGUAUGACGUCUGCCCACUACAAAUAUAUUUUGACAACAAUGGACUUCCCCUUGUUGUCCUUGGAAGGGGUGGUGAGUGACCAUUCCAAUAUUCUGGGGUUUUCCAUGUUCAAUAGUAGCCAUCCGUUCUAUCUGGAGUUCCUGAGGAGCCUCAACAUGUCUUGGAGGGAGAACUGUGAGCUCACUACCUACCUGGGACCAGCUCUGUCCGCAGCGCUCAUGUUUGACGCUGUCCACGUGGUAGUCAGUGCGGUGCGAGAGUUGAACCGGAGCCAGGAAAUCGGCGUUAAGCAGCUGUCCUGCAGCACAUCACAAAUCUGGCAACAUGGGACCAGUCUGAUGAACUACCUCCGCAUGGUAGAGUACGAUGGGCUGACUGGACGGGUGGAGUUUAACAGUAAAGGGCAGAGGACAAAUUACACUUUGCGUAUCUUGGAGAAGGCAGGAGAUGGUCACCGAGAGGUUGGAGUUUGGUAUUCAAACCGCACCUUGGCCAUGAAUGCCACCAGCCUGGACAUCAACGUGUCAGACACACUAGAGAACAAGACUCUGGUGGUCACCACAAUUCUGGAGAAUCCAUACAUGAUGCGUAAACCGAAUUUCCGCUCUUUAUCUGGUAAUGACCAGUACGAGGGCUUCUGUGCUGAGAUGUUGAUGGAGUUGGCUGCUCUUCUGAGGUUCAACUACAAGAUAAAACUCGUUGAGGAUGGACUGUAUGGAGCCCCGGAGCCCAACGGAUCUUGGACAGGAAUGGUGGGAGAGCUGAUAAACCGGAAGGCAGAUCUGGCGGUUGCUGCGUUCACCAUCACAGCCGAGCGGGAAAAAGUCAUCGACUUCUCCAAGCCCUUCAUGACUCUGGGGAUCAGCAUCUUGUACCGAGUACAGAUGGGCCGGAAGCCUGGGUACUUCUCCUUCUUGGAUCCUUUCUCUCCUGCUGUCUGGCUCUUCAUGUUGUUGGCUUAUCUGGCCGUCAGCUGUGUGCUGUUCUUGGCAGCCAGACUGAGUCCCUAUGAGUGGUACAACCCACACCCAUGCCUUCGUGAGCGCCACCACAUCCUUGAGAACCAAUACACACUGGGGAACAGCCUGUGGUUCCCUGUAGGAGGGUUUAUGCAGCAGGGUUCAGAGGUCAUGCCUAGAGCACUGUCGACAAGAUGCGUCAGUGGGGUCUGGUGGGCCUUCACACUUAUCAUCAUCUCCUCCUACACUGCCAACCUUGCUGCCUUCCUGACCGUACAAAGAAUGGAGGUCCCUAUCGAAUCAGCUGAUGACCUUGCCGAUCAAACCAAUAUAGAGUAUGGAACCAUUCAUGGUGGGUCCACCAUGACCUUCUUCCAGAACUCCCGAUAUCAAACCUACCAGCGCAUGUGGAACUACAUGAACUCAAAGCAGCCCAGUGUAUUUGUGAAGAGCACGGAGGAGGGAAUAGCGCGUGUCCUGAACUCUCGCUAUGCUUUUCUAUUGGAGUCCACCAUGAAUGAGUACCACCGCAGGCUCAACUGCAAUCUCACUCAGAUUGGGGGAUUGCUCGAUACAAAGGGUUAUGGCAUCGGCAUGCCACUAGAAUCACCGUACAGAGAUGAGAUCACACUUGCGAUCCUUCAACUGCAAGAGAACAAUCGAUUAGAGAUACUAAAACGCAAGUGGUGGGAAGGCAGCAAGUGUCCGAAGGAGGAGGACCAUCGAGCCAAAGGGCUGGGGAUGGAGAACAUUGGAGGCAUCUUUGUGGUUUUGAUCUGCGGUCUCAUCAUUGCCGUAUUUGUUGCGAUCAUGGAGUUCGUCUGGUCAACGAGACGUUCAGUGGACAACGAGGAGGCGAGUGACAAAAUGGAAAAAAUUUCCGUAUGCCAAGAGAUGCUGAGUGAACUUCGCAGUGCCGUGUCCUGCAAAAAGACCUCCCGCUCUCGCCAUCGCCGUAGGCCGCCUCGCCACCUGCACGGAAGGACUCUCCUCUCUCUCAGCCGGCCGCCUCGUGCCACCAGGGAGACACGCCUCUGUAAUGGGCGACUGUACCAGACCCACCAGCACCCUCCAGCGCCACCUCACCCUCCACCAGCCCCAGGUGCCCAGAGGCUCCAGGAGGACCCCACGUCUUCCUCAGGUCGGGGGGGAGGGUGUGCCCAUUUUAGAAUCUGCCAGGAGUGUCGGAGGAUACAGACUCUGAGGGGGCCACCGCCGCUGCCGAGACCACCCCAGUCUCCCAAACCACCACCCCCUCCUCCUCCUGAGGACCUGACACCCCUCUCACAUCAUCGGAGACUGGCAGACCCCUUAGAUGCCAGUGCCCCCGAGUGAUGUAGGAGGGCUCAUGAAGACUAGUUGUUUGGACCUUUAGUGUAAGAGGAGGAGAAGAAGAGGUAUUAAAGAAAGAGAACAUGGGGGCUUUCGGACCCUGAACGCACGUUCCUGUCCCCCCUGUACCCCCUAAUGUUUUGGGGUGGGGGAUCCUGACGAAGCCUCCUCUGCAUUCAUCAGAAACACUGCGAUGCCUCAGUAUUUUACAAUGUACGCUGUGCGUGCGAAAAAUUGACUGCCCCCCUCCUGACACACCAUGUACUGUUGUCACCUCUACCAUUUGUCAGUGCCCUGUCCUCUCAAGGUGCCCCAGCAUUGAUUACAGUGUGUAGAUGGGUCAAACCCAGGAUGUUUGUCCCAGCUCAGGGUCUCAGUUCUCACCACAUGCAUUAAUCCAGCAUUGGCGGCACGACACAUGGAACGCUACAUCUGCCGGAAGGUGACUGCUGCCGCUCCGAUUUGCUGACUUCCAAAAUCACAACUAUCUAGAAUGCACAGCCGGGUUUAGAAAUAUAUCCUAGUUGCUGUGUGUUUUUGUUGAUCUCUAUAUCAGCAAUAUACGUAUUGCUGUUUAUCCUUUUCUUUUUAUAUCCGCAUAUCCGUGAGAGGACAUGGGAGUGUCGUAGGUGUUCGGGAGAUUGAUUAUGAUACGUACAGCUUUGAUACAAAUGAAUUAAGUGGAGCGUUG